AUGAAAGGUAAUGCUACACAUUUCAUUGCAUCUUUCUUCCUGGUUGGUAUUCCUGGGUUGGAAAACUUUCACUUCUGGAUUGGCAUCCCUGUCUGUCUCCUGUUUGUCCUGACCUUGCUGGGGAACAGCAUAAUCAUAACUACUGUCAAGCUAGAGCCAAGUCUCCACCAGCCUAUGUAUUGCUUCCAUUGCAUGCUGGCAAUGAAUGACAUAUGUCUUACCUGCUCUGCAGCUCUGAAGAUGCUUGGAAUCUUCUGGUUUGAUGCACAUCGGAUUGACUUUGAUGCCUGUCUAACACAAAUGUUUUUUAUCCACACACUUUGCAUCAUGGAGUCAGCCAUCCUAGUGGCUAUGGCUUUUGAUCGCUUUGUGGCCAUUUGCAUCCCACUCCAUUAUGCAUCAAUUCUAACAACAUCCAUGGUGAUUAAAACAGGUCUAGUUGGCUUAAGUCGAGCUAUACUUAUGAUUAUGCCAUGUCCCCUUUUCAUUAAAACACUUCUCUACUAUACCAAAUAUGUUAUCCAUCAUGCCUACUGUGAGCACAUGGCUGUGGUAAAGGUGGCUAAUGCUAACACUUAUGUGAGCAGAAUAUAUGGAAUCUUAGUAGCCUUUUCGGUAGCAGUAUUUGACCUCAUGCUUAUAGCCACAUCCUAUAUAAAAAUUCUCCAGGCAGUGUUUCGGCUCUCUUCCCAGAGAGCUCGUUCUAAAGCCUUGGGCACUUGUGCUGCCCACAUCUGCACCAUUCUUGCUUUCUACACACCUGCAUUGUUUAGCUUCUUAACUCAUCGUUUUGGCAAGAAUGUGCCUCCAAGUGUCCAUAUAAUCUUUGCAAUCCUGUACCUGCUGGUGUCCCCCACAGUCAAUCCCUUGGUGUAUGGUGUCAAGACCAAACAGAUUCGUGACCGAGUGUUGGGUCUUUUCUUUUUAAGAAGAUUUUGA